AUGGACGCUGAUUCAAGCAGCUGCAAUCGAUGCCGGAACCGCAAAACCCGAUGUGCCGGGAAUCCACCUCUUCCCUGCGCAGCCUGCGUUGAUGUGGGCCAGGCUUGUGUUUACUCGGAGGCCGAAAAGCGCAUAUCUAUUACAGAGAGUCACUACAGGCAUCUACAGUCGCGAGCUCGAACCCCCCGAGACAACAGCCAGUCGACAUCAUCGUCAACCGUGUCAUCAAAUAUCCCACCCACCUCCGCAACGAACCAAUACUGGGAAAGUGAUCUGCCUUUGGAGCGAGAUGAUUGGUGGUAUAAAGGUGCCGACAAUCUCUUUCUAAACAGGUCAGGUGAACAUCAUUUUGUGGGAGCAUCCUCGACCACACAUUUAGCAAAACGUCUUAAUCCAAGUUCGACAAAUCUGUGGGAUACACAUCCUUUGUACGAUCCUUCAUCUCUGCUCCGACCAGUAGAGCGUAUCCUGCCACCCUUGCCGCCAUUUGAAUUUUCCAGACGGCUUUUCUGGGUGCAAUACGCUUACAUCGGGACCAUUUUCUCACUAAUCCAGCCUGCCCAGUUUGAAGAAAGGCUUGACCUUGUCUACAACAAACCAUCGGAUUUUUCUCGUCGUGAAUCAUGUUUGGUGUAUUGUCAAACUCUGCUUGUCAUUGCAUUCGGGUUGAUGUACUCCGUCAACCAAUGGUCCGGCGAUGAUGGACCACCAGGUUUCAAGUACUUCAAGUAUGCGUUGCGCUUUUUGCCUGAUAUUCACGAGGACCCAUCGAUAUUACACGUUGAAGUCUUAUGCUAUAUCGCAUACUACCUACAGAAUUUGAAUCGAAGAGAUGCUGCCUUUCUCUAUAUUGGACUCGCCCUGCGUAUGGCCAUAUCUCUUGGUCUUCACCAAGAGGUGUCUCAGGAAGGUAUCAGCGAAGCCGAUCGGAACCGGAGAAGACGGGCCUGGUGGUCGGUUUACAGCCUGGACAGGCUACUAUCCGUUAAGUCUGGGAACCCAAUCACCAUUCAUGAUGAGGAUAUCGACAUUAUGUGGCCAUCAACCUCGGACGGGUCCAUGUCCGAUCCAUGGCCAUCAAUCGUCUUAACACAUUAUACGCAAUUAUCGCGUAUAUUAGGCAGAAUAGGCGAGGAGAUAUAUCGAAAGAAACCUCGAUCAGGCUCAAGUCUAAUAGUGUCUGUGCAAAGCAUCACCAAUGAUCUGUCGACCUGGCUUCGACAGGCCCCUGAUCGUCUCCGCAUCAAUUUCACGACGCUCGAUACUCACGUCAAUCGCGAGACAGUAUCAAUCAACUUGCACUUCUAUUCAUGUGUCAACAUGACCGCACGUCCUCUAGUGUUUUACAUCAUUCAACGUCGAAUUGAUGCCGGGCUGCUUGGGGGCACCGAAGACUGGAAGGAAGCUCUGGCACCAAACACAAUUGCGGUGAUUGAUAAUUGCAUCACAGCCGCCCGUGCGACGACCUUAAUUAUGGAUGCAGCGGCAAAACAUAAUCUCAUCGCUACGUACGGCUAUCUUGAUGGUGAAUACAUCUUCUCCGCAGCCCUAUUACUCGUCAUGGUCAACGCUGCGUUUCCACAGAAUGAACCAAAUGCCCGUGCAAUGGAAACAGCCCUCGGUCUGCUUCGUAGUAUGGCUGAUCGGGGAAAUACUUAUCUAUCAUCUCGCCACUCAUUACUACUGGAGUUACGAGCUGCCAUGGAGCCCAGUUCAUCCAUUAGUAUCGCUGAUGACAUCAUAUCCCCCACCAGCGAUCUAGCUACACCCAAGAGUACACUCACAGAUCCGGGCCCGGAUCCACGGCAGAAUGGUGCUCCUGUGCCUGCAGAGGUGUGGCAGCAUCCACCCGACCUAAACCCUCUCCAGGAUAUUUCCUUUCAAUUUGAUCUCAAUGACGACUCUGCAUUGUGGGAGGGUGCCUUGGAUCGUAUUGAUAUUGAUAUGGAUACGGACUGGAUUGAGAAUACCCUGCGACGGUAA